GGCUAUUCGCUGAGAAACUAAAACCAUCCGUGCAACGUACAGAGGACUUCGAUGAUCUCACUCCGACCGGCUGGACCCCUUCUCCCUCAUUGAAGUUUUUAUGUGGAGCAGAAUUGGCUAAAAACAAAAUACGUCUAAUGAAUCCUACCAAGUAGUCCACUCCUAUGAAAAGCUUGGAAAUUAAUGUGCAGGGCAGCCCAGAAUGGGCGGGGAGAGGGCGGGCCUUAGGCUGCCUGACGCUCGUACUAAAGUACGGGGGCAUGGCAGAUGGAGCGCGGGAGAGAGAGCCGCCGUGCUCUGGCCUGUGCCUCGCCUCAGGAAAGCACACCUCAGGAGCACAGCAUGUUUCAGAAAGGCACAAAGCGAAAGUUUGCGGACGCGGGCAGUGAAGAGGAGGAAGAGGAAGAGGCGGCGUUGAGGAGCGCAGGCGUGGGGCCGCUGCCAGGCGAGGACCCGGUGAGCCUGCGCAUGCUGUCGUCAUACAGCCUGCAGCGGCAGACACUGCUCAACAUGUCCCUGGUGAAGUUGCAGCUGUGCCACAUGUUGGUGGAGCCCAACCUGUGCCGCUCCGUCCUCAUCGCCAACACCGUCCGACACAUCCAGGAGGAGAUGACCUAUGACCUUACCUGGCAGGUAGGGGCAGCAGCUGAUGCCCUAAGCCAUGCCCACACCCAGGCCGAGUGCCUUGCAACCUCUGACCUCCUCUGUCGCUCCGCCCUCACGGAAGAGGAGCCAGAGCAGCAGCCGGCCACCCCCUUCAAUGCAGUCGGCUACAGCGAGGAGGAUGAGGACGGGGAGGAAGAGGAUGUUGUGGUGGAUGAAGACGGGGACGUGCCGCUCUCCUCCGUGGCCUCGCCAGCGCCCUUCCUGCCAGGCAAGCUGGGCAUGAGCUUGGGGGUGGGGAUGGGCCUGGGGCCGCGCUGGCAGGGGGAGCCGAUGUGCGACCCCGAGGAGAUGGAUGGCGCUGACGAGUUCGGCAAAGGCAGCGGAGAUGGCUCUGCCGAUGACGAGGAUGAGGAUGAGGACGUUGCAGAGUACGACAGGACAGAGGCUGAGGAGGAGGAUGGCGACAGGCUGGCCAAGACUACAGAGCAGAUCUUCAGCCCGCUGUUCGAGACAAACAGACCCACGCCAGUCCCCGAGGCUGCACUGGAGGAGCUGUUUUCGGAUGUGGAGGCAUCCUAUUAUGACCUGGACUCCAUGCUUACAGGGAUGCAGGGGGCUGGUGCUGGUGGGGGCGGUGUUUGUGGUGGGGGCGGAGGCGGAUCUGGAGGUAGUGUUCCCAGGACGGGCCCCUACGAGUUGCUGGAGAGCCUGAGCUCCAGCCACACCCAAACCCACAGCCAGCCGCCCCUCAACCCCUCCACUGGCUGCAGGCCGGACCUCAGCGAACUGGACCACAUCAUGGAGAUCAUCGUUGGGUCAUAGACAAGCACUGCCAUCCGAUCAAGGCUGGGUAGUUUUAUAAGUGAAUGAAUGCGUGUGUGUGUGUCUGGGUGGGUUGUAUGAGUGGGCAAAUGAGAUGCACCAUAUUUCUACUUUUCUUUUCCUUUUAUACAAACUGAGAUUAAGUACGUAUGCUCUAUUUUUCAUAUCCUUUUGUACAUGUUUCCUGUCUUCUGGUGUAUGUUUGUUUUUACUUUUGUUUAGUUUAUUUAUUGUUUUGUAAUUUAUUGUUUGUGAUCAUCGGACAGUGAAUUUACACUACACAAAUUGAAUCUGAAGAAAGUUGUUCAUGUGGUGAACAACAAAGAUUAAUUAAUAUUAAUUAAUAAUGUUGUUAAAGAUUAUUAUUAUUAAUAAUUAAUAUUUCUCCUUAUUAAGUGACCAGUUGAAUACAUGUCCCAUCCAGCGAGUAGAUACGUUUUUGUGUUUGUUUGUUUAUUUGUUUGUUUGUGUUUUUGCUUGUCCAACAUCAACACGAUGCAAAGCCUGUGUACUGUUACGUGUGCCCUGAGAAUGACGGACACUGCCUAAAUAGCAACGGGCUCCAGACCCACUGCAGCAUCAGCCAUUAUGUGGUUGGUGAUCUGUGGUAAAGUCCACUGUCGGUUUUUCAGCAGGAGUCUGGAAGGACGAUUACCCUCUGCUUCAAGUAUCAAGCAGUGCAAUUUGUAUUUUAUUUAGCGAGUAGUUAGCUCCACAGACUGCUCCGCUUCAGACGGCAUACAACAGUCCACCUUCUGCAGAAGGCUUUCAAAAGACUGUGCAAUAGUCCUGAGUAAAGGUUUGGAGAGGCCCUACAGUGUUAGAGCAGAGCAUGCCCUAUAGUCUUCAGAAAACACAAGGAAACUCAUUUUGGAGGUCUUGUUGGUUAUAGUCCAACUACACUGCCCCAAAUUCUGUUCUUUUUUUGCUAUCUGAUGUCAGAUCCCCUGUCCCAAGUCUGGAGGCUUGUGGGUGGUAGUCAGAUAUCAUGUCUUCAUUCUAUGGAGAAAGGGAUGGUCUUAUAACUUGGUUGCAAUUAACAUAUAACCUUUGAAAAAAAUGGCGAAUUUAAAGUAUUUAAAUUGUUGCCUCUAAAAGCUCCUGCUAGCUUAAUGCAGUUGGAAGCCAUAUUUUAUUAUUUUUGUAUCGUUAUUUUUUACAAAAGAAUAAUAUUGAUGUGAUUCAUUUUAUCUGUAUGUUAUGUUGAAGAAGAGGUACAAAAGUUUCAGAUAAUUUUUAGCUCGGAGCCGUGCAUGUGGUUACGCUUCCCUCAGCCUCGUUUUCUCCAGAGAUUCUACAUUCCAUUCAUUCUUUCAAGUGCUCCGCUGCGUCUGCCGUAUUAUUAAUUUCGCAGAAAUUCAACACUGUGUUUAUUAAGCAUUACCUCUUUCAGAAAAGUUACUUUAGCAAUUAUUAUGUCCUGUUCUUAAAGAUGACUCCAGAUAACAUGUUCUAAUCAUCGUUUCUGUGUGCCAUCACUAGGAAGGAAUUCUGCCACUUGUAGAUCAUCAGUAACUGUAACAUCACACAAUGAUGUCAGGUCCAAACAACAAAGACAGUAUGGAUUUUUAUAUUUCUAUGAAGAUUGUAUAUUGUAGCAACUUUGUAAAUAUUUUUUAAAAAUAAAAUUUUGCAUUGCUAUA